AGUAUUAACGCAAAAUGAAGUCACACACUAUAAUUUUUCUCAUAUUGGGAGUUGUAAAAUUGUGAUGGAUCAUUAGUUAAUUUAACAAAGAAGAUUGUUGUAAGUUAUAGAAAUUGUACUACUAAUUGAUUUUACAAAGAUUUCUCUUUGUUAUAAGUUGAUAGAAGUUGUACUAAUUGAUUUAACAAAGAUUUGAGAAGUAAAAUUUUAGUCAAUUUUAAAUUACUACUAAUGGAGUAAAUUUUAAGAGUUCUUUUUACAUAUUAUUACAAAUAAUUUUAAGUAAAUGAUACGUAAUUAUUUUAGUAAAAAAGUUGUACUAAAUGACAAUUUUGAUUCUCUAAUAAAACACGCACGAGUUUUACUACUAUCUUCCUUUAAACCCCCCCCAAUCACGGCGGCGGCGCGUGUACUCUCCUAAACUAUCCAACUUUUCUACUCCGUCACUUACUUAGUCAGCUUCAGCUCAUAGAUUCCUACAGCUCCACCGUUUUUACUAUGAAUUUCGCUGACGGUGAAUUCGAACUGAAGGAGAUUCAGAAGCUGGAAGGACACACCGAUAGGGUUUGGAGUGUCGCUUGGAAACCGGCUACCGGUAUCAACGGUGUUCCAGCUGUAUUCGCUUCCUGCUCCGGCGAUAAAACUGUUCGAAUUUGGGAACAGGAUUCCACCGGUUCUUUUCACUGCCAGGCUGUUUUGGAUGAAACACAUACACGGACUGUCAGAUCAUGUGCGUGGUCACCAACGGGCAAAUUUUUGGCAACAGCUAGCUUUGAUGCCACAACUGCUGUUUGGGAAAAUGUUGGGGUUGACUUUGAGUGUGUCUCCACUUUGGAGGGUCAUGACAAUGAAGUGAAAAGCGUUUCUUGGAAUAAAGAAGGCUCAUUGCUCGCUACGUGUGGACGAGAUAAGUCAGUUUGGAUAUGGGAAGUGUUGCCUGGAAAUGAGUUUGACUGUGUUUCGGUGUUACAAGGACACACACAAGAUGUUAAGAUGGUUCAAUGGAAUCCAUCUAUGGAUGCUUUGUUCUCAUGUAGUUAUGAUAACACCAUUAAGGUUUGGGUAGAGGAUGGCGAUAGUGAUGAUUGGCAUUGUAUUCAAACGUUGGGUGAAUCGAAUAGUGGACAUUCAUCCACUGUCUGGUCUCUCUCCUUCGAUGCUAGAGGAGGCAAAAUGGUUUCUUGCGGUGACGACCUUACCAUUAAGAUAUGGAGUGACAUUGACAAAUCGCAGGAUUGGCAUAAAAAUGCACCUUGGAAACAUGUCUGCACCCUAUCUGGAUAUCAUGACAGGACAAUUUUCUCAAUUCAUUGGUCAAGGGAAGGAAUAAUUGCCAGUGGAGCAGCUGAUAAUGCUAUAUGUUUAUUUGUUGAGAAUAAUGACAAUGAGGUUGAUGGACCUACAUAUAAACUACUACUGAAGAAGGAGAAGGCUCAUGAAAUGGAUGUAAAUUGUGUGCAAUGGAACUCUGGGGAUAGGAGGCUUCUUGCUUCGGCCAGUGAUGAUGGGACUGUGAAGAUAUGGGAGUUGGUUCGUCUCUCUGGACAGAAGCUGUAGUAAACAUAUCUUCAUAGCGGAUAUUAGAAAAACCAAUGUACAUCAUUUUCUGAUGUAGAAAAUGUAAUUCACAAUAAUUUAAGCCUUUAUGAAGUUUUGGAUGGCUAUCAGAAAAUGUAAUUCAUAUCAGAACUGAGUGUGGUUCUCAUCUUUUUAUCCAAUAACAGUUUUGUC